CCCCAAGGCUAAGCACAGCCAGGUGGCGGUGGUGGGUGUGAGAAAAGCAGGCCGUGUAAAUAAAACGGUUCUCAAAUCUUCAGAACCGCCUCGGCGACAGUACACCAUGAGCCUUGGAACCGCAGCCCCUUCCCUACCCCGCCACGCCCACACGUGGAACUCUAAAACGCACGCUCCCCCAACACAAAAAGGCUGGUUCUGGUUAACUGUUGGAACGCCGAAGAAACGCCCGCCCCUGGACACGCCCCCGCUCCUGUCCCUGAUUGGCUAGAGAAUUUAAAGACCAGGCCGGUGAUUGGGUAAUUUUUUUAUUCCUAGUAUUUGAAAGUUCUUAGUGCCUUGGCUUUGCUGCCGGCCGGUUCAGAUCUGCCUUUUCAUCCGAAAGCAACCAGUGAGUCUGUCGGAUCCUUGAGGUGGGAGGCAAAGAACGUGACUAUUUUAGUGAUCCUCGCUGGGAGAGGACAGUUGCUCGUCAGUCCUAAGUGCAGUUAAUGCCACCUUCCACCUCUCCGAGAGCUACAGCAGAGGACGUUUCUCCUCGCUCUAGAGUGCUUGGAAUAUCUUGGUGGCACCUCCUGUUACCAGUGACAACCUGCUUGACCCUAAGUGAUCUGGACAGGAUUUUCUGUCACGGCAGCCAUACUGCCUAUUACACCCCGAUUUUCUGUGACUUGUGUGCUUCGGUCCCUGAACGCCUGCAGAGGCAUUGGAGAUGCCUUCUAGCACUGAGGUGGCGACCGAUGAAUGUGAUGACACCGAGCUGCGGUGCCGGGUAGCCGUAGAGGAGCUGAGUCCUGGAGGGCAACCUCGCAAGCGCCAGGCUCUGCGCGCCGCAGAGCUGAGCCUAGGUCGGAAUGAACGCCGCGAGUUGAUGCUGCGACUGCAGGCACCCGGACCCGAAGGGCGGCCACGCUGUUUCCCACUGCGCGCCGUGCGCCUCUUCACCCGCUUCGCCGCAGUUGGGCGCAGCACUUUGCGACUCCCGGCCGAUGGCGUGCCCCGGGCUGGCUCAGUGCAACUGCUGCUCUCUGACUGUCCCCCGGAGCGCUUGCGCCGCUUCCUGCGCACCCUGCGCCUGAAGCUGGCGGUCGCCCCUGGGCCGGGACCCGCCUCUGCCCGUGCGCAAUUGCUCGGUCCGCGGCCCCGAGACUUUGUCACGAUCAGUCCAGUGCAGCCGGAGGAACUGCGCCGUGCUGCGGCCACCAAGGCUCCAGACUCAGCGCUGGAAAAGCGGCCAAUGGAAUCCCAGCCUAGUAUGGAAGCUCCAAGGUGGCCCCUGCCUGUGAAGAAGCUACGCAUGCCCUCCAGCAAACCGAAGCUUUCCGAAGAGCAGGCCGCUGUGCUGCGGAUGGUUCUGAAAGGCCAGAGCAUAUUCUUUACCGGGAGUGCAGGGACAGGGAAGUCCUACCUGCUGAAACAUAUCCUGGGUUCCCUGCCUCCUACUGGCACUGUGGCCACUGCCAGCACUGGGGUGGCAGCCUGCCACAUUGGGGGCACCACCCUUCAUGCCUUUGCAGGCAUCGGUUCAGGCCAGGCUCCCCUGGCCCAGUGUGUGGCUCUGGCCCAUCGGCCUGGUGUGCGGCAGGGCUGGCUGAACUGCCAGCGUUUGGUCAUUGAUGAGAUCUCCAUGGUAGAGGCAGACUUCUUUGACAAGUUGGAAGCUGUGGCCAGAGCUGUCCGGCAACAGAAGAAACCAUUUGGAGGGAUCCAGCUUAUUAUCUGUGGGGACUUCCUACAGUUGCCGCCAGUGACCAAAGGUUCCCAGCAUCCUCGAUUCUGCUUUCAGGCCAAGAGCUGGAGGAAGUGUGUACCAGUGACUCUGGAGCUGACUGAGGUGUGGAGGCAAGCAGACCAGACCUUCAUCUCUCUCCUGAAGGCUGUGAGAUUAGGCAGAUGUUCAGAUGAAGUGACCCGCCAGCUCAGGGCCACAGCUGCCCAUAAGGUGGGACGAGAUGGAAUUAUAGCCACGAGACUGUGCACCCAUCAGGAUGAUGUGGCCCUUACCAAUGAGAAGCGGCUGAAGGAACUACCAGGUGAUGUACACAGCUUUGAGGCUAUAGACAGUGACCCUGAGCUAAGCCGGACCCUGGAUGCUCAGUGCCCUGUAGGCCGUGUCCUUCAGUUAAAGCUGGGGGCUCAAGUCAUGCUGGUGAAGAACUUAGCAGUGUCUCGGGGCCUGGUGAAUGGUGCCCGAGGGGUGGUAGUCGGGUUUGAGUCAGAAGGAAGAGGGCUUCCCCGGGUACGGUUCCUGUGUGGCAUCACUGAGGUCAUCCGCACCGACCGCUGGACAGUACAGGUCACUGGGGGCCAGUACCUCAGCCGGCAGCAGCUUCCCCUACAGCUAGCCUGGGCAAUGUCCAUCCACAAAAGCCAGGGCAUGUCUCUGGACUGUGUAGAGAUCUCUCUGGGCCGUGUGUUCGCCAGUGGUCAAGCCUAUGUGGCCCUCUCCCGGGCCCGUAGCCUCCAGGGUCUACGUGUGCUAGACUUCGACCCCACUGUGGUUCGAUGCGACUCCCGAGUGCUGCAAUUCUAUGCCACCCUGCGGCAGGGCAGGGGCCUCAGUCUGGAGUCGCAAGACGAUGAGGAGGCAAGCUCAGAUCUGGAGAACAUGGACCCAAACCUCUGACCUCGGCUGAAAGAGAAGACAAGCUUCUAGUUCUUUCAUGGGUCAAGGCCCUAGGAAUCAACUGGGAAGAGGCCCCUGUUUCUUCCCUCAUUCAGCCUCUGGUAGGGUUAAGGGACACAGUCUCCUAUCUACUUAACUAGCUUAGCCUCGAUUUUACCUGUUCUCCUGGAGAAAUGACUUCCAGGGUCAGAAACUAGAAAUGGUAAUGGUUAUCAGAGGACAAAGCUCUCCACAGAGGCUGGGACAGUCACAGAGUUCUUAGCUGCAGACUGGAGAGAGGCAGUGCGGGCAGGUGCUUCAGCAGCCUGUCUUAUUACACUGCAUGUGUUUGUCUUGUGUGCAUGUGCAUGCACAGCACAGUGCACAUGUGAAGGUCAGAGGACAACUUGAGGAAGUUAGUUUUCUCUUCCCCAUGUGUGUUCUGGGGGUUAAAUUCAGGUCAUAGGGCUUGUUAUCAGGCACUUAUCCCAGGUGAGCAAACUUGCUACUGGGGUAGUAAUUUUCCUUUCGUUAUUAUAACAAAAUAUAUAAGGCUGGGCACUUUAUGUAAAAGUGAUUUAUUUGUACAAUAAGCUCACAGUUCUAGAAGACUAAACAUGUGGAACCGGCCUACGCCCAGCUUUGCUGGGGUUGGACGGUAGCUGGCAGUACAUGGCAGGGACAUGUGCAGCAGGAUCGUAUGAGACAGGCAGCGGGAGACAGUGAUUCUGGGGAGCGGCAUUUAUCCAUUCAUGAGGGCAAGACCCCCUCCAUGCAAUCCAUCUCUUUUUUUUUAAAGAUUUAUUUAUUAUAUAUAAGUACACUGUAGUUGUCUUCAGACACACCAGAAGAGGGCAGCAGAUUCCAUUACAGAUGGUUGUGAGCCACCAUGUGGUUGCUGGGAUUUGAACUCAGGUCCUCUGGAAAAGCAGUCAGUGCUCUUAACCACUGAGCCAUCUCUACAACCCGCAAUCCAUUUCUUAAGGGUUACAUCAUCCUAACACUGCUACACUAGGGACUAAGCUUCCAGCACAUAAACCUAUAAGGAAAACCAUCCAAACUACAGCAGGAGCCUAGAGGGGAUUCAGGCCAGACACAAGCCCAAGAUAGAAGUUUAAUUAUCUUCACAGCUGAGCUCAGCCUAACACAGCCCCACGUAAACAUCAUCCUGAGCCUGACUGAGAACAGACACUGCAAACUGUGCCCUUUGUAGGGGAGAGGCCAUGUUUAGAAAUGGAUGUUCCCUGUUGUAUUUAUUAGGGCCAAAUAAAACUGUGAACUGUG